CAGAACUAUUUAAGCAACAGACAGUAAACUGUCACAGAUUUUUAGAGAGCAGUAAAAGAAACACUUUUAACUGACAUCAGAGCUCAACAGCAGGUGUUUGUGCUGCACCCGGCAGAGGAUGCAGCUGGUUGUCAUGGCAGCAGUGCUGGCACUGGUGGGGCAGGGCUGCUGCGGUUGUCAUCCUAAGGACUUUAGCAUCUACAUGGACGUCUGUGGCAACGAGAAGUGCAUCCAAACUACCAUAUGUGAAGGAGACUGCUUCCAGGAGGAUCCCUCCUACAUAAGCAAUGUAGAGUCGUCGGUAGAGAAGGUGUGCAGCGGGGAUUGGGUGUAUGAGGUGAAGUACAUUGAUGGAUGUCCAGUGAGUGUCCCUGUGGCCAAAAACUGCAAGUGUGCCGAAUGCAAGCCAAACCACACAUACUGCGGCCGUUUAUCCACAGACAUAUCCUACUGUAGUCCCUAUAAAAAGUAACACUUUGUUCAUGCCACAACAUGACCUGAUUAUCAUUAUAUCUGUCAAUCUGGCUCUGAAAUAAAAAAGUAUUGCUUAUGA